AUGAAGUUCUUCACCGCCGCCGCUGUCGCUGCCCUCGCUGCUUUCGCGACUGCGUACACCAACGACGACAUGCCCGCCUGCGCUAAACCCUGCAUCGCCAAGGCCUCGAAGCAGGUCGGCUGCGGCGAAGACGACAUCCCCUGCCACUGCGACAAGCUGCAGGACCUGACGAGCAAGGCGGCCGACUGCGUCGUUAGUGGCUGCUCGGAUGAGGACCUGAUUAAGACGCAGCAGGUCUCGAAGGAUGUUUGCAACUCGCAGUAG